GUGCACCCGCUAAACCUCAGGCUCAGCAGUUACCCAUUGUUCGGAACCUUCCAGAAUAUCGUUAGAUACUUGAUUCUCUCCUAGAACUCUCUCGUCGCAUCCUUUAAUACCAACUCAUCGUCUUCCUCCUCUUCGUAGGCCCUGAAAAGUGAGAACUCUCCAGAAUAGCUCUUCAGUACAGGUCCAAACCAAAAUCCAUAUCUUAGAACAGAAGUCUCGAUCCGUUCUGCGCCUGUAACAUUCUUCAUCUCUUAUACGUAGCUAGGUUGGGGUUUCGGCAUGGCCGAGGAAGCUAAAGGGAAAGGAAAUGCGGCCUUCUCCGCUGGCCGUUUCGAAGAAGCCAUUCGAUUCUUCUCCGAUGCAAUCAAUCUCGCCCCAACAAACCAUGUCCUCUACUCCAAUCGUUCCGCUGCUCACGCUUCCAUCCACCAUUACUCGGAAGCCCUCGCCGAUGCGAAGAAGACCGUCGAGCUUAAGCCCGACUGGUCCAAGGGUUACAGCCGUCUGGGCGCAGCCCACGUUGGCCUUGGUAACUUAGACGAUGCCAUCGCUGCGUACAAGAAAGGUCUCGAGCUUGACCCCAACAACGAAGCUCUGAAAUCGGGUCUUGCUGAUGCUCAGUCGGCUGCUUCUCGAUCGCGCGCUCCUCCUCCGUCAUCGUCGUCGUCGUCGCCGUUCGGAAACAUAUUCGGAGGGUCGGAAUUGUGGGCUAAAUUGGCGGCUGAUCCCACGACGAGGGGCUAUCUUCAACAGCCCGAUUUCGUGAAGAUGCUUCAGGAUGUGCAGAAAAACCCUAACAAUCUAAACUUGUAUUUGAAGGAUCAAAGGAUGAUGCAAGCUUUGGGGGUUGCGCUUAACGUAAAAUUGAAGACUCCUACUUCGGAGGAUAUGGAGGUCCCCGAAGCGGAGCCAGAGCACAAGAGGCACCCACAUCCAGAGCCUGAACCAGUGAAGCAGACAGAGCCGGAACCGGAGCCGGAACCAAUGGAUCUUACAGAGGAGAAGGGAGCAAAGGAAAGGAAGGCACAGGCUCAGAAGGAGAAGGAGGCGGGAAAUGCAGCCUACAAGAAAAAGGAUUUCGAGACAGCAAUUCAACAUUAUACCAAGGCAAUGGAGUUGGAUGAUGAGGAUAUUUCUUUCCUCACCAACAGGGCAGCCGUUUACUUGGAAAUGGGAAAGUAUGAGGAAUGUAUCAAGGAUUGUGAUAAAGCAGUUGAGAGAGGAAGAGAGCUGCGCUCAGACUUCAAGAUGAUUGCAAGGGCAUUGACAAGGAAGGGAACUGCCUUGGUGAAAAUGGCAAGAUGUUCAAAGGACUAUGAACCUGCAAUUGAGACUUUCCAGAAGGCUCUUACUGAGCAUCGCAAUCCUGACACAUUGAAAAGGCUUAAUGAUGCUGAGAAAGCGAAGAAAGACCUAGAGCAGCAAGAGUAUUUUGAUCCAAAAUUGGCAGAUGAGGAACGUGAGAAAGGUAACGAGUAUUUCAAGCAGCAUAAGUAUCCUGAGGCUGUGAAACAUUACACGGAAGCCUUGAAACGGAAUCCUAAAGACCCAAGGGUAUAUAGCAAUAGGGCAGCCUGCUAUACCAAGUUGGGAGCCUUGCCUGAAGGAUUGAAGGAUGCAGAGAAAUGCAUUGAACUUGAUCCAACCUUCUCAAAAGGGUACACGAGGAAAGGUGCAAUCCAAUUCUUCAUGAAAGAAUAUGACAAAGCCUUGGAGACUUACCAGGAGGGGCUGAAACAUGAUGCUAACAACCAAGAAUUGAUGGAUGGUGUCCGAAGAUGUGUAGAACAGAUCAACAAGACUAACCGUGGUGAGAUUAGCCCUGAGGAAUUGAAAGAGAGACAGGCUAAGGCAAUGCAGGAUCCAGAAAUCCAGAACAUCUUAUCUGAUCCAAUAAUGAGACAGGUAUUGAUUGACUUUCAGGAGAACCCCAAGGCCGCACAAGAGCAUCUUAAGAACCCUCAGGUGAUGCACAAGAUACAGAAGCUGGUUAGCGCAGGGAUCGUUCAAAUUAGAUAAUGUUGAAAGGGAAGACAGAAACGGUGACUGAGCAUGAGCAAACAUCAAGUGAAUGUCGUCUUUAUUGUCCUAUUAUUCCCCGUUUGUAUUUGAGUGGACGGUUUAGUCAAACUUGUAUUUGAAAAUUUUGAAUUGCCGAGAUUCAGUUUCGGCUUUUGGGGGAUCUUUGUGUCAUGGUCGAUCAUUUGGUUUGGUAAUCGUCAUUUCCACAUUUAUCAUUUUAAUACUGUAUUAUCUUUUUCAGUCUUCGUCUCUGGGUCUUUCUAGAAUCUUCUGUUUUUAUUAGGGUUAAGUGGUAGAACUGUGAACAGAACAGGGAACUGGAGCUACUUCGAGGGUGCUCCGCCUCAGGGAGAGAAUAUGAGGAAAAUUUCUCUGAUUUCUUCAAUUUCGAAUGGCCACUUGUAGCAUUGUA